GAGUAAUAAAAGUGAGAGAAUACAGAAUCAAUAAGAGGAAGCUGAGACGCCCUCCAAGUCAUUUUUUGCCUCUUUUUGGAAAAAAAAAUAAUAAGUACAUUAUAGUUACACAUUAUUAUUUUUCAUAGAAAACAAAGGGGACCGAAGCAGCAAUUUUCUGGGUAGAGAAGGAAAGGUUGCUGUUGAAAGGAUCUAUAGAUAUAAAGGAAAGAACUCUUGCUGAAAGGCUACAGAGCGAGCGAGGAGAGAGUGGGAGACUCCUCGGCUGAUUAGCAUUCACAGCAGGUUACAUCAGUUGCAAGGGGAUGACUGAGCACAUUCACAAUAUCAGCAUUCAUAAUUUCAGUAAGUCUAUUCUCCAGACCCUCAACGAGCAGCGCAACCGUGGUCAAUUCUGCGACGUGACCAUUCGGAUCCAUGGGAGCAUGCUUCGAGCCCACCGCUGUGUGCUGGCUGCAGGUAGCCCCUUUUUCCAGGACAAGCUGCUCUUGGGCUACAGUGACAUUGAGAUCCCAUCAGUGGUAUCGGUCCAGUCCAUUCAGAGAUUGAUUGACUUCAUGUACAGUGGACUGCUUCACGUGUCCCAAUCAGAGGCUCUUCAGAUCUUAACUGCUGCAAGCAUAUUGCAGAUUAAGUCUGCUAUUGAUGAGUGCACUCGUAUUGUUUCACAAAACGUGAGCUCUAGAGAGAUCAAGAGCAUCCCGCUGAAUUCCAAGGACUCAGAUCUAAAGACCUACAAAGGCACGUUAGAGUCUGAAACGUUUAGUCCCAACAGUGACACAGAUUCCAUCUCUAUGCAGCUUCACAUGCAUGAUGACACUCUAGAACACAAUUUUUCUUGCUCCAACCUCUUGUUGCAGAACAGUCCCAAGGAAGACUAUGGAGGCAACGAUCUCUCCAUUAGUUCCAAAGAGCAUGAUGACAACAAUCACGGCAAUGUGGGGGUGCAAAAAUAUGAAAAGUUUCUUUCCAAUUCAGAGACUAUCCAUUGCCGAAAACAACCGCGACCAGUUCGCAUACAACUGGCGGGUAUUCACGGUUUGCAGGAGACCCAGGAAUAUAACCGACAUCAUUCCAAAGAGUGUGAGGAGUGUACUGAGGAUUUAGAUAAAACAGAUAGUCAGCCCAAAGGGGACAGCUUUGAUUUAGAUUUCAGUUCAUCCAUCUGCACUGAAAAUAUGUCCAUCGAGUAUUGCUCCACAAAUGGAUUUCAUCAGGUAGGAAGCACAGACGGUUUGGCAUCAAAUGUUCUCUGGGAGUAUCCACUGCAUCCUGAAGUCAGGACAACAUCACCAAAGCAAAUGAAUGAUAGCGAGGACACAACUAAGUCUCAGGAUGAAGGUGGCAUUUUUCAGUUGGACGAAAAAAUCGAUGCACAACUCCCUUGUAACAGGACUGUAUUACAAUCAAUGCCUAAAGCCGCAAAUCAGCAGUUUGCUCAGAAAAAUGUGACGAUGCCAACAAACCUUACCAGUAAGUCAGAGGUUAUUGGCACAGCGGACAAAAGCCACCAACCCACUGUGUUUUCCACAAAGUCAACCAGCAGUGACAAAGCCUUCUUUUUUAAACUGUCACAGCCUCUAAUGGGUCAGAAGCCUCAUUUUGUAGCUGUGCCACAUUCCAGCAUACCCCAAUUUUCUGCUCAGUUUUUGGGACAGCAGUCCUCAACACAGCCUAAAAUGGGACAUUCUGGAGAAGGAACCGGAAAGGGGGGAAAAAGACCCUAUGCAUGUCUUCUCUGCAACAAGACUUUUACUGCCAAACAGAAUCACGUGAAGCACAUGUUUGUGCAUACUGGAGAAAAGCCACACCAAUGCAACGUUUGCUGGCGCUCAUUUUCCCUGAAGGAUUAUUUAAUAAAGCAUAUGGUGACGCACACAGGAGUCCGCGCUUACCAGUGCAGUACCUGCAACAAGCGUUUCACUCAGAAGAGCUCCCUCAACGUCCACAUGCGCUUGCAUCACAAAGAGAAGUCUUAUGAGUGUUUCGUCUGUAGGAAGAAAUUCUCCCAUGAGACUCUGCUGGGGAGACACAUGUGUCUGCAUGGCCCAGGUGCCAGUUUGGUUACUCGAGCAGGCAAAGGACCAGCCUCUGACCCAGUUCCCGUUACUGUUCCUGAACCUGGUGCUGGCAUGGUGGCUCCUGCCAUACCUUUGACUGGAGGAGCAGGAGCUGAAGAUGGAGCAGAACCUUGCAUGGAGAUGGGUGAGGAGGCUGAGGGGGGUUGCCAAGAUGAAACGUCCUUCACAUGCUCCAUCUGCUUAGCCAGAUUCAGUCAAGCUGAGGAUUUUCAUGAGCACAUGCAAAUGCAUAUCUCAGAAGGACUGCCGCAUCGUGAAUUACAAACCUUUCGCAAACAGAAAUGAACUGUUUUACACAGGUUGCCUUUUAUCUACUUGUCUAAAAUCCCUUAGACACAGACCAAAUAUGAUCCGUAAAAGUCAACAUUAAAUUUUGGAACAGUUAGAAACAAUGCACAAAUAUGCACUGCUCCAACAAAAAGAGAGAACAACCAGCAAACUGUCAAUUCAGUGAAAAAUACUGCCUAAUUAACCAGCAAAUUUGCAUACAAAUACAUGCAGGGUACACAUAUAUUUUUGCAAAUGUGUCCUGUUAAUACAUAUAUUUAGUUCAUUGUGUAUAUGAACCGAUCUUGACAGCUGCCAGCACAUUUUGUAUUUUCAACAUGGGGAAACGUAAAACUGUUAAAAGAUCUUGAAUAACUGAUACUAGUGGAGACAGCAAUGCAAUAGUAUAUAGGGAUCUAUUUUAAGACCAUCAUUUAAUCAUUUAAGUUAAUGUCUGAUGAUCCUGAGGAGCAAGAACAUGCAGCAAGUGGCAGGUCUGUGGGCAGAAAUGCCCCUGCUGAAGAGAGAUGUCAGAGGAGAAUAAUCAGAAUGGUUCAAGCCAACAGGAAGGCGCUCAAAUAACCACACUUUACAACAGUGGCAUGCAAAAAGCAUCUCUGAAUGCACAACCUUGAGGUGGAUGAGUUACAACAGUAGGCAGCCACAUUUGGUUUCACUCCUGUCAGCUAAAAACAGGAAAAGAAAGAUUCUAUGGACACAGGCUCACCAAAACUGAACAGCUGUAGAUUGAGAAAACAUUGCCUGGUCUGAUGAAUCUUGAUUUCCGCACUGUCAAGCAGACGGCAGCGCAAGAAAGUGGCAUAAACAGCAUUCAUCCAUGGACACAACCUGCCUUGUGUUAACAGUUCAGGAUUGUGGUGGUGGUGUAAUGAUGUGGGAAUGUUUUCUUGGUACGUCACCUUCUAAUACCAAUCUCAUUAUUUAAAUGCCACAAUCUAUCUGAGUAUUGUUGCUACCCAUGUGCAUCCCUUUAUGGCCAUGAUUUACCAAUAGUCCACUUACUGCAGGGUAAUACGCCAUAUCACAACACACGCGUCAUCUCAGACUGGUUCUGUGAACAUGCCAAUAAGUUCAUUGCACUUCAAUGGCUUAGCCGGUCACCAGAUAUGAAUCCAAUGGAGCACCUUUGGGAUGUUGUGGGACGGGAGAUUUGCAGCAUCGAUGUGCAGCCGGCAAAUCUGCAGCCAUUGCGUAAGGCAAUCAUGUCAGCAUGGACCUGAAUCUCUAAGGCACCUUCUUAAGUCUAUUUAGUUAUUUAGUGGCCCUGUUGGGAAGCCACCAUGCACUGCAAGGGGGCGAUCAACACCAGUCAGGCCAUUAGAAGCUAUGGUCUCCUUACUGCUGGCAGGCUUCCCUUGCUGGGCUUAAAGCCCAUGCUGGGAAGAUGCCAAGAGGCAAAAGACGGCAGUGAGUUGCAUAUGUUUGCUUACUGCAGGUGGAUGGAAGGAGGAUCACCUUGAAGGCACUGCUUCCUUCUACCUACAAGGGGAAUACCCUAGGAUGACUACCCCAAACAGACUGUCACCUUUUCAUAGACCCUCUUUUUUGUAGCGGCCCCACAUUACUGUAAUAAACUUUGCCCUCUGAGGGCCGUUUGUUGGCACCAUUGUCUCCUGAGUCUCCUUGCCCCACAACACUGGUGGAGGAUGUGGGUGAGUGGAGUCACUGCAGCUGACCAGCAGGACUUCACGUAGUAGAAGGUACUUGGCUAGUUGAUAUGCUGCAGCAAUUACAGCAGAGGUCACCAUACGUGUACUGAGGGAUCAUUGCCAGCCCCUCUGUGCCAGUUUUGACACUGAAUGGAUGAAGCUGCUAGCCACUCUUUGCCAGUCACUACACUGAACACUAGUUUGGAUGAAGCUGACAUCCUCUCUGUGCCAACUGCCACUCUGAAUGCCAAUAAGAAGAAGUCAGCAGUUAUACCAGUCAGCAAUGACAGACAGGUUGAAGCUUCAGCAUGGUGUUUUGGCAGGAGGUUGACAGCCUUGUUGAAAUGUUGCCCUGCACUAGAAGGGGCCAGUCAACACCCUGGAGGUCAACAGGAACCAUGGUUUCUUACUUUUGACCUCAAGAAGUAUCAAUGGGACAUGACUGGAAACUUAUGAUGGUGGGACAGUCUUGCCUCGCUGGGCUUUAGGCCCAUGCUGAGAAGAAUCCAAGGUGGAGAAAAGAGGAUGCAUCUGCCCAUCACAGACCCUCUUAUGUAUAGUGGUCCCUCAUUCAUGAAACAAACCUUGCCUUUUGAGCAGCUUUUGUCUGCAUUUUUGUCUCCCUGAGUCAUCUUGCCUUAGGACGAUAUUCAUUUGAUUAUUCAUUGAUCCAUUUAAUCAUCUUCAAUCCAUUUUUCCUGAUGAUGGCCUUGGUUGCAGAGUGCCAGAUUGGUCAGUGCGAUAGUCCUGCCAUAGCCAUAGACUCAUAUGAUACAAUCUCUCCAGCAUCAUUACCGUGGUCUCCACUCAAUUCAACAUUCCUGGAAUAAUUCCCCUGGAAGUCAUUUAGUUGGCAAGCUGCUCGAACCACCUCAGCUGAAUUCACGUAUUCCAGUGGUCAGUAGUAGUAGUUGUACUUUGAGGUACCUCCAGAUGUCUAAAUCCCUCUUUCUGUGAUGUUGAAUGAGCCCAGCAAUCAUGAAUAGAAACCAUGUGAGGACCUUUUGUACAAACUUGUUCUUUUUCAUUACCCAAAUUCUCAUGAGAACAGGGAUGUAGACUGCUCAACCACAAACCUUGCCUGAGAACUUAACUCUCAUCUAACGCCACUGAUCCACCUGUUAAAUUUGAAAGCAAGAUCCUAAGGAAAGCAAAACCCAUUAAGGGCAGCCCCCCCCCCCAUCUACUUUAUCAAGAGAAUGCCAUGGCCUUAGAUUUGGAGCGCUGUAUCUCAACCUUGCCUCUUCACAUUCAGCACUGAAAUGCUCAAGUGUGUGCCAGAGGUUCUGGUCGGGUCUAAAAGCACAUUAUUAUCUGCAAAUAGCAGAGAUGUCACCAGCCUUUCAACUGGAUUCUCUUCCAACCACAGCUCACCAGAAAGAAGAAUUCCACUCUUUCCAAGAGAAUACCAUGGCCGUGGAUUUGGAGAUGCUGGAUCUCAACCCUGCUGUUUCCCACUGAGUACUGAAAUGCUCAAGUGCGUGCUAGAGGUUCUGGUAGAAACAGUCUAAAGGUACAACAUUUCCUGCAAAUAGCAGGGAUGUCACCAUCCUCUCAUACUGGAUGCCCUUCCAACCACAUCUGUGCCUUGAUAUCCUGGUCAUGAAGAUCACAAAUAUAUGAAGACAAGAAGCACUCUAGCUGCAGACCAACCCAACUUUGAAUGGCUCUGAUCAUGUGCUAAGUAUGCAGAUAGGGGCCGAAUAGCACACGGUAGUAGCCUCGUUACUCUUUCUUUCUACAGCACCUCCCACCGUUUUUGCCUAUUCCCAUAAAUAAACCCUCACAAAGCAGUGCAAAGGAGGAGAGUUGGUCCAAUGUUCCACGGCCAGAGAUGCUAUGUUUGACCAUUAGGUUGGGCCUCCUCUCCAGGAGCAAAUAGGAAUCACUGUCCCUGGUUGCUAGCCCAUCUCUCCCACUUUCCAUGCAACUUUGAAGAGGCUUGUCAAACAAGUUAUCCCAUCAAAAUCCAAUGCUUUCAGCAUACUUGGACAAAAAGUUAAGAAUCGCUUGAACAUUUAGCGUAACAUUCAUACUUUUUAUUAGUAGAAACAUAACACAUUCUGUUCUUUUUCCACUUUAUGUUUGUACAGAGUGUUUAGUGAGUAUGAUUAAAUAGAUUAAAUUCUAUUUUACUUAAUUGAACCAGUUUUAUUUAGAUACAUAUCAUUUUCCCCCAUAUGUUUAUCAACUGAAAUUUCAGUAGUACAGAUACAGCCAUGUGAAACAGUAAGCACAUCCUAUGAAAAAGGUUUUUCUUUUUAAACAUGUGGAAAUAUUAACAUGUGACCUUCAUUUAAAAACAGUAUCUAUAGAUACUGGUGAUGUAACUGAAUUUUACAAAAAUGAACAGAUAUGCCAUUUUCUUCUAUUUAAAAAUUAUUUGCACUUUUAGCCCUAAUACUGUAGCUGGUAUGUGGCAGAAGCAACCUCAAAUAUGUCUACCAGUUUCUCACAUCAACUGGAAGAAAGAUAUUCCUUCAGUUUUGCAAUGUUUGAUUUAUUUAUUUUUUCUAAACGUGCACGGCGCAUUUCAAAUUCCCACGCAGCAUUUCAGGGGAUUUAGAUGCAGUUAGAUGCAGGGUUUGAUUUGACCAUUCUAGAACUCUGCAUUUUUUCCUUUUAGGAUCAUUGUUAUCAGUCUUCUGACAGAUGAUCUCAAAUUACCCUCAAGCACCCUGUGGUACAAUGAAGAAUUCAUAGUGGAUUCUAUGAUGGUGAACUGCCCAGGAAAUGAUGCAGUGAAGCAACCCCAAACUGUAACAUUUCCACCACCAUGCUUUACAGAUAUGUAUCUUAUGUUUUAGUCAAAUUCUGUGUUUGGUUUUUGCCAAAAAUGGCUACUGUUACUGGAGUCAAAAAACUUUAUCUAGCCCUGUCUGUCCAGAACACACUGCACCAGAAGUCUUGGAUUUUGCCUGGAUGUUCAUGAGCAAACGUUAGUCUCCUGAUGUUCUUUCUGGACAGAUGUUCCCUCCUAGCACACAUCUCAUUUGUCAAGAUCUUCUCUAACAAUCUUCUGAUCAUUCGUACCUGAUGUGGUGCAUCUGAUUCUAAUUUUAGAUAUUUGUGGUAUCGAUAAAUGUAGAGGUGCACUUUUUCUGCACAUGCAAUUUGCAUUUAUGUUUAUAUAAAUUAUAUAAUUGAAUAAAAAAUGUAAAUGGUGCAUGAUAUUUAUUACAUCACCUCCAUCUAUCAAUAUUGUUGCAAUGAAGAUGAAAUUUUAGUAUGCAGAGGAAAGUCAAAACCUUGGGGGAUACUAUCACGCUGCCCUGCACAAGUACUGAAUCCACCUUAAAAUGAUCAGACUUGCCUGCAUUACUAAUGAUACACACAUAUUCUUCCUGACUGUAAUUUUAUACAAACUCGUUUAUUUUUUGCAAACUCACAUAGUAAAAUUUUGAGAGUCAAAAUCACAUAUUUCUCAGCAGAUCUUAGAAAAAGCGGGUUCAAUACUUUUGCUAGGCAGUGCAUUUUUGUACAAAUCAUACUUUGUAGAUCCUAGAAACAAUUUCAAUGACAAAGUAAAAGAAGCUAAAAUACAACAAAAAUACUCUAAAAUUACCUAGAGUGACAUCAUUGAGCCAUAAUUCAUUGUUUUCAAAUGUAUAGUUUAGCGAGUGAUAUUUGUGGUUGUUUUAUCAGAAUUAGUUAUUAGAAUUAGCUAGAGUGUUUUGAAAUUUCUGAAAUUCUGAUCAAAUGCUUUAACAUGAGUUGGCAAAUGCAUUUAAAUAAUAAUAAUAAUAAUACAUUUUGGAAAGAACAACAGUAUAAGUGAAUUUUCCCAAAGAAUUUAAGCUGAUUAUCAUACAGGGUUUUUGUAUGCAAUGUUACUGCUUGUUCAGUACUCUUUCAUUGUGAACAAUACAACAAACAAUGACUUGCGUAUCUAUUGACCUACAGACUGCAUAAUCAUCAGAUCAAUAUAUUACAAGAUAAUGUGGAAUUCUUGUAUGUAUCAGCAUUUUGAUAGACAGAAAACAUAGACAAUGCCCAAUGAAAGGGCACCGAGUUCUUGAAUUCAGUACAGUGGUUAAAAUUUUGCUUCUCUUGAAUACCUUAUCGAUAAUUAAACAAUGUCCUACAGAAAAUAAUUCAGGAUAACAGCAUACAAUUGCCUUACCUUGCAAAUUUCCAACUGCCCAUUUUUGCAUAAUAUUGCCACCUUUGUGUUGUUAUUGAUCUGUCAUCAGUUGGUUUCUUUGUCGUGUGGAAAUUGCCAUCCUAGUCCACAUUUGACUACAAAAGCAAAUACUAGACCAACCUGGUAGUACUUGUCUGUGGGUUAGAAAACUAAAGAAGAUUAGUAAUUAAUCAUUUCGGAAUACAGCCUUUUUACUCAUACAGCUUAAUUACCCGCUUUCCAUUGGAUGUGAUUUUGUCAGAAAUUCCUACAUGCAGAAAAAACUGUGCUGUUAUGCAAUACAUGUUGUUGACUACGAUGUACUGAAUUCAUAUACGAAUAUAGUUGCUUGACAAUUAGGAUAUAUUUUGUUUAUUCCUUAAAGAAAGCAUAUCUCCUGCAAUCUGCGGAACGAUGGUGUUGAUUGCAACAUAUUUGUUGUGCUGCUUAAACCAAUGAGUGACACAUUGUUUUUGAAAGCUGUUAAUAUUUUAGAGAACAAUGAAUGUAAGAAAUGUCUAUAUGUUAAGUAUUUAUGUUGGAGAUGUCUUUUUAGGCAAAUAAAUGUUUCAUAUAGCUUUUA